CAGGACAUAAUAUAUAUUAGUAAGACAAAUUCGAUGUGAGACAGAUUAUCGUACGUGGACUGCUUUAGAUAAAUACGUAUCGCAUCCCGUCUCAAGUGUUAGUGUCAUUUCGAUAGCGGGUGAGAUCAGGCGUUAAUAAUGAAGAUCAUAGGCGAGUUAGCCCUUGUGGGCGCCAUCGCUUCGGUCUUCAUAGUGGCCGCGAAAGGGCGCGCGGUAGAGAGGGCAGCUGAAGAGGCUGCAGGGAGGGAUUACAUGAGGAAUCUGGAUGAGAUCAUGUCCAAGGCCAAAAAUAAGAAGGCUCUUGCAACCUGGGAUUAUGAGAGCAAUAUCACGAAGUAUAAUGAGGAUCGAUUGUUGCAAAUAUCCUUGGAACUAGCUGAAGAAGAAAAAGAACAUUGGAAAGAGACCAUGAGCUACCUUUGGCAUGAGUACGAGGACCAGGACCUGAAGAGAAUGUUCCAGAAGUAUACAAAGCUUGGUACUUCUGCUCUGCCUGAGGAUUUGAAUGAGAGAUUGAUCAGCGCUGUCAGUAACAUGCAGUCGACGUAUGCUAAGGCCACGAUUUGUUCUUAUUCUGAUAGGACGAAGUGUGACUUGCAUGUGGAGCCAGAGGUGACAGACAUCUUCGCAAACAGCAAUGACCCUGAGGAAUUGAAGUAUACCUGGCUAGAGUGGCACAAGGCUGCUGGUGCCGCCUCCAAGGGCAACUUUACCGAAUACGUCGCUAUGGACAAUGAAGCUGCUAAGCUGAACGGUUAUGACAGCGUAGCAGAAUGGUGGCUAAGUUACUAUGAGGCUGAUGACAGUGAGGAUCAGUUUGCUGCUCUCUGGGCUCAGGUCAAACCACUGUAUCAACAAAUCCACGCUUAUGUGAGGAGACAUUUAAGGCUGAAAUAUGGAGAAGAUGUCGUGCCUGCCAGAGGACCUAUUCCAGCGCAUUUGUUAGGUAAUAUUUGGGCUCAAUCCUGGAACCACGUGGAGAAGUUCACCAAGCCAUACCCUGACAAGCCCGAAAUCGAUGUCACUAAUGCUCUGCGAGCCCAGAACUACACAGCCCUGAAGUUCUUCAAAACUGCCGAGGAAUUCUUUACGUCCUUGAACCUGAGUCCAAUGCCUGACCUGUUCUGGGAGAGAUCCAUUAUUGAAAAACCUACUGACGGACGUGACAUGGUCUGCCAUGCUUCUGCCUGGGACUUCUAUGAUGGUGAAGACUUCAGAAUUAAGCAGUGCACAACUAUCACAUCAGAUUUCUUCAAAACCACGCAUCAUGAGAUGGGCCACAUUCAGUACUACCUUCAAUACAAAGAUCAACCUGUUGUUUAUAGGGAAGGUGCCAAUCCAGGUUUCCAUGAAGCCGUUGGAGACGUUAUCGCCUUGUCAGUUGCUACACCAAAGCAUUUAAGAGUUAUGGGUCUUCUCGAAGACGGCACUGAUGACAUCGGGACCAACAUUAAUCAGCUUUACAAAAUGGGACUGGAAAAGAUUGUCUUCCUGCCAUUUGCCUACCUCCUCGACUUGUUCCGUUAUGGAGUUUUCCGCGGCACCACUUCUCCUGAUGAGUACAACUGUCACUACUGGCAAUUAAGGGAAGCCCUUCAGGGUGUGGAGCCACCAGCACCCAGAUCUGAAGACGACUUCGAUCCAGCUGCUAAAUACCACAUUUCUGCUGAUGUGGAAUACAUGAGGUACUACAUCUCCUUCAUCAUUCAGUUCCAAUUCCAUCGCACUCUGUGUCAGAUUGCUGGUGAAUAUGUUCCCGGCGACGACAAUAAACUGCUUUCCAACUGUGACAUCUACAAGAGCACUGAAGCUGGAAAUGCUUUAGGCAAAAUGCUUCAGAUGGGUUCCUCCAAACCCUGGCAAGAUGCUAUGGAAGUUCUGACAGGUCAACGUAAUAUGGACGCCAGUGGAGUGCUGGAGUACUUUGCACCUUUACAUGACUGGCUUAAGGCAGAAAAUGAGAGGACUGGUGAAUUCGUUGGCUGGGAACCCAGUACAGUCCCGUACUGCACAGCGGAGCAGCGGUCAGCGAUGGAAAGUUCCGGCUUCAACACCAGACUGAAAAAAUACGCUUCAAUGUAAAUGUAUCCAUACAUCCCACUUUAUUUAUUACGUAAUAAUAUAAUCAUUAAAUACUAAUA